UAAUAAAAGUGUUGGUGUUAUGUAUUAUUGUCCAGCUCUUUGGUUGGUCAUCGGAGAAAAGGAGGAGAGACUAGAAGUGUCGGACCAUCAGUCCAGGCUGAGCCGCCACAGGGAGUCAGGAUAUAUUAUCCAGACUCACGGAAUUAAUACUGAUCAGGUGUAUUUAUGCUCCCUGUCUCCGAGCUUACCUCCUACAUUUUUUUUAAAUUUUACUUUGAAAAGAUUACAGCGAACAGUUUAAUUUUCCUUUGAACAUCUGACCUUGUUGCAGUUUAAACUUGGAAGUUUUUAUUAGAAAACACUUUUGAGGCCUCAUUCGUGACUAACUGUCCUUCUCCUGCUCCCACUUGCGUCCUUGUCUCCUCUCCUGGCUCCCUGCAGGUGGUGGCGGAGGAGAGGAGGCGAGCGGCGAAGGGAGACGAACGGAACGCCGCCGCAGUCGGAGCUCCCUGUCUGCCUCUCUCUCAUCGCCGCUGUUUGUCGUUUUCCAUCGGUAUCCCGUCUCCGGUGCUCGCUUUCUCCCGGAAUAGCAACAGUUUGUGGAACAUCGUCGCGACGGCGGGAAACCUUCCGAUAAGCAGCCACCGCCAUGAGUGUCGAGGCGUACGGGCCGAGCUCGCAGACGCUCACGUUCCUGGACACCGAGGAAGCCGAGCUGCUGGGAGCGGACACCCAGGGCUCCGAGUUCGACUUCACCGAUUUCACCCUGCCGAGCCAGACCCAGACCCAAGGCCAAACCCAGAGCCAGCUGGACGGCCAGGUGAACGGACCUGACGGUGUGCUGCAGAACGGAGAUGAUCCUGUGGUGAAAGCCAGUCAGCUGCUGGCAGAGCUGAACUUCGAGGAGGAUGAGGAGGACACCUACUAUACCAAGGACCUACCUGUGCACGCCUGCAGCCACAUUGUGAACCACCUGGUGAGAGCAAAGUCCAAAGAGGUGACCCUACAUAAAGACGGCCCUCUGGGGGAGACAGUGUUGGAGUGCUACAACUGUGGCUGUCGCAAUGUCUUCCUGCUGGGCUUCAUCCCCGCCAAGGCGGACUCGGUGGUGGUGUUACUGUGCAGGCAGCCGUGUGCGAGUCAGAGCAGCCUCAAGGACAUCAACUGGGACAGCUCACAGUGGCAGCCCCUAAUCCAGGACCGCUGCUUCCUGUCCUGGCUGGUCAAAAUCCCCUCGGAGCAGGAGCAGCUCCGGGCGCGUCAGAUCACGGCCCAGCAGAUCAACAAGUUGGAGGAGCUCUGGAAGGAAAACCCCACUGCAACCCUGGAGGACCUGGAGAAACCUGGAGUAGACGAGGAGCCUCAGCACGUCCUGCUUCGCUACGAGGACGCCUACCAGUACCAGAACAUCUUUGGUCCUCUGGUGAAGCUGGAGGCCGACUAUGAUAAGAAACUCAAAGAGUCACAGACACAAGACAACAUCACCGUCAGAUGGGACUUGGGCCUGAACAAGAAGAGGAUUGCUUAUUUCACACUUCCCAAAACAGACUCUGAUAUGCGCCUGAUGCAGGGAGAUGAGAUCUGCUUGAGGUACAAAGGAGACCUGGCCCCUCCGUGGAAAGGCAUCGGACACGUCAUCAAAGUGCCCGAUAACUACGGUGAUGAGAUCGCCAUAGAGCUCAGGAGCAGCGCCGGGGCUCCAGUGGAGAUCCCUCACAAUUUCCAGGUGGACUUUGUGUGGAAGUCCACUUCCUUUGACAGGAUGCAAAGUGCUCUGAAGACAUUUGCUGUAGAUGAGACCUCAGUGUCUGGUUACAUCUACCACAAGCUGCUGGGACAUGAGGUUGAGGACGUAGUCAUCAAGUGCCAGCUGCCCAAACGCUUCACCGCUCAGGGCCUGCCCGACCUCAACCACUCCCAGGUUUAUGCAGUGAAAACAGUGCUGCAGCGCCCCCUCAGUCUGAUCCAGGGUCCUCCUGGCACAGGGAAGACGGUCACCUCUGCCACCAUCGUGUACCAUCUGGCUCGACAGGGCAACGGGCCGGUGCUGGUUUGUGCUCCCAGUAACAUUGCCGUGGACCAGCUGACUGAGAAGAUCCACCAGACGGGGCUCAAGGUGGUGAGACUGUGUGCAAAGAGCAGAGAGGCCAUAGACUCACCUGUGUCCUUCCUGGCACUGCACAACCAAACCCGCAACAUGGACAGCAUGCCAGAGCUUCAGAAGCUCCAACAGCUGAAGGAUGAGACUGGCGAGCUGUCCUCCUCGGAUGAGAAGCGCUACCGAGCUCUGAGACGCACUGCUGAGCGGGAGCUGCUCAUGAAUGCUGAUGUGAUCUGCUGUACCUGCGUCGGUGCAGGAGAUCCUCGUCUGGCCAAGAUGCAGUUCCGAUCAAUCCUGAUUGAUGAGAGCACCCAGGCCACAGAGCCAGAGUGCAUGGUGCCCGUCGUCCUGGGAGCCAAGCAGUUGAUUCUAGUGGGCGAUCACUGCCAGCUGGGUCCUGUGGUGAUGUGCAAGAAGGCAGCUAAAGCAGGCCUGUCCCAGUCCCUGUUUGAGCGUCUUGUAGUUCUGGGGAUCCGCCCAAUCCGUCUGCAGGUCCAGUACCGCAUGCAUCCGGCCCUCAGCGCCUUCCCCUCCAACAUCUUCUACGAGGGCUCUCUGCAGAAUGGAGUCACUGCCGCGGACCGGGUGAAGAAGGGCUUUGACUUCCAGUGGCCACAGCCCGACAAGCCCAUGUUCUUCUAUGUCACCCAAGGCCAGGAAGAGAUUGCGAGCUCUGGAACAUCGUAUCUCAACAGGACAGAGGCAGCCAAUGUGGAGAAGAUAACCACGAGGCUGCUGAAGGCUGGAGCUAAACCUGACCAGAUUGGCAUCAUCACGCCCUACGAGGGACAGCGGUCCUACCUGGUCCAGUACAUGCAGUUCAGUGGCUCCCUCCACACCAAGCUCUACCAGGAGGUGGAGAUAGCCAGUGUAGAUGCCUUCCAAGGCAGAGAGAAAGACUUCAUCAUCCUGUCCUGUGUGAGGGCCAACGAGCACCAGGGCAUCGGCUUCCUCAAUGACCCCAGACGCCUCAACGUGGCGCUCACCAGAGCCCGGUACGGUGUGAUCAUUGUGGGAAAUCCCAAAGCCCUGUCCAAGCAGCCUCUGUGGAACCACCUGCUCAAUUACUACAAGGAGCAGAAGGUCCUGGUUGAAGGGCCUCUGAACAACCUGAGGGAGAGCCUGAUGCAGUUCAGCAAACCCCGCAAGCUGGUCAACACCAUCAACCCUGGCGGGCGAUUCAUGAGCACAGCCAUGUAUGACGCCAGGGAGGCCCUGAUUCCUGGAUCGGUGUACGACCGCAGCAGCAACGGCCGUACGUCCAACAUGUACUUCCAGACUCAUGACCAGAUCGGUAUGAUCGGCACAGGCCCCAGUCCCAUGUCCUCCAUGAACAUCCCCAUCCCCUUCAACCUGGUGAUGCCCCCUAUACCUCCACCUGGGUACCUGGGGCAGGUCAACGGUCCCACUGCAGGUCGUGGUGGAGGCAUGAAGGGCAAGUCAGGCAGCGGAGGAGGUGCCGGGACUCGAGGUGGCCGCCAAAGGAACCGCGGCAACAUGGGAAACCACGGCGGAGGAGCGGACCGCGGCCACAUGUCCGGCAGCCAGGCCAGCCAGGACCAGGGCUCCCAGCCGUUCUCCCAGGGGCCUCUGACGCAGGGCUACAUCAACAUGAGCCAGCCGUCACAGAUGAGCCAGCCGGGGCUCUCCCAGCCUGAACUCUCCCAGGACAGUUACCUAGGAGACGAGUUCAAGUCCCAGAUCGAUGUGGCUUUGUCCCAGGACUCCACCUACCAGGGGGAGCGGGCUUACCAACACGGCGGCGUGACUGGACUGUCCCAGUACUAGACUGUUGCUGGAAAGGAGCUAGGCCUGUGAGAAGCUUAGUUCAUUGGUAUUUUAAUCUGGGUAAUAACAAAAAAGAACAAACAUGGAUACCCGUUUUCCACUGCUACAACCGAAGCACCACUGUGUGAAAGUAACAGGAGAGAGACCGUGAGAAACCAACCAAUCACCAGAGUGAGAGCGAGGCUGGGAGUAGAGCUGGACAGGGAGCGAGUGGGAGGCUGGCAGGGGAGAGGAGGCGCUGCUGCUCACCCGCCAAGACAUGGCGAAGGAGAAAGCUGUCGUCCUCGGAGCGGCGAGACCUCGGACAGGUCGAGGAGGGUGAACGAUCUGAGCGACUCUGGAGAGGAGGGGAGGAGGGAGAGGGGGCGACUGUGUCAUCUGGUUCCUCGUGAGCCCCUGAACCCUCGGAGACCUCCAGGCGGGGUGGUUGGGAAUCUUGCUCCAAAAGCUGAGAAAGAUGGAGAAGAGGUGUCUCACGCUAAAAGUCCUCCGAGCUAACUCAACAGGGACGUCUUCUGUGACUUGGAGCAAGAGAGAAAACAAACGGAGACACAACUCUUGAAGCAGUUGAUAUGGCAACUUUUUUAAACUCAAAGCUUGAACCGAGGCUCUUUAUUUGAUCACAUCUAAGCAUCCAGGAGAAGUGUUUGGCAUUUCAGGAGAACUCAGAACGGGCUUGCGGGUGCUGUGCCUCAAAGAGUUUAAAUGAAAUUCUGAGGAUUACACAGUCACGGGUUAUUUGCUUUUCUUUCUCAGCUUUGAGUUGGAAAGUUUUCUGAAUAAAGGCUGUUUUCAUUGAGGUUUCAGUGAUGUGAGCUAGCGUAGGCGGCCGUCUUUCUCUAGGUGGUCUGCAGAGAAGUGGUGGAAUUAGCUCUUAAAAAGAAAAAAGAAAAACAUCUUUGUCUCCACGUCUGAGCUCCAGAGAUCUGCAGAUAGUGAGACAAUCUUGUUUUUUUGUUCUUCUAUGUGUCUUUUUUCGUAGUGCAAAAGGAUGAAAGCACCAUAACCAGCUUAGGACUGAAGCAAGCUGUCACUGUGUUCUGCUGACCCUGAAGCCACUAAAGCUCACAGAUACAAUCAUCUGGAGCGUAUCGCCGCUAAACGCAUCUAAUCAGCCAAAUCAAGAGGGCGGGACUCCACAGAGACCCCUGCCCUAAAGUCAUACGUCAAA